CGCUCAUCUUUCUAUAUGCGCAUUAUAGAGGCAGCUUCAUCGAGUUUUAAUGGAGCGUCAUCGCAUGAAGUAUUUUAACAGCAGUCUACCCAAGGGAAAAGGAUAACCACGGGAGUCGCGGCCAUGAUCCCCUACAAAAUCAUAACCUCAGUCAUUCGGCUCUCUUACUUCAUCUGCUUGACUUCGGCAUGGUCUGUGAAUAACUUCCUUAUGACAGGACCUAAGGCGUUCUUGACUUACUCCAGCAGCGUCCAAGCAGGUGCCGAAAGUGGAAUCGAGGAGUGCAAGCAUCAGUUCGCAUGGGACCGUUGGAACUGUCCGGAGAGCGCCCUUCAGCUGUCAACCCACAACGGACUCAGAAGCGCAACAAAAGAAACCUCAUUUGUCCACGCCAUCAGCUCGGCUGGUGUGAUGUACACUUUAACAAGAAACUGUAGCAUGGGAGACAUUGACAACUGCGGCUGUGACGACUCAAGAAAUGGACAACCUGGUGGCAGAGGAUGGAUCUGGGGAGGAUGCAGCGAUAAUGUGGUCUUCGGAGACAAAAUUUCAAAAGAAUUCGUGGACGCCCUGGAAACCGGACAGGACUCGAGAGCCGCAGUGAACCUCCAUAAUAACGAAGCGGGACGAUUGGCUGUGAGGGCGACAAUGAAGAGGAGCUGUAAGUGUCACGGCGUCUCUGGCAGCUGCAGCAUCCAAACGUGUUGGCACCAACUGCCCGAAUUCAGAGACAUCGGAAACUACCUGAAGGUGAAGUACGAUCAGGCGCAGAAACUGGAGCUGGACAAGAGGAGAGUCCGAGCCGGGAACAACGCGGACAACAGAGGCGCCAUUGCGGAAGCCCUGAGCAGCACUGCCCGGACCGAGCUCAUCCACCUGGAGGACUCCCCGGACUACUGCGUGAAGAACACGAGUCUGGGGCUGCACGGCACGGAGGGCCGAGAGUGUCUACAAAGCGGCAAAAACCUGUCGCAGUGGGAAAGAAGGAGCUGCAAGAGGCUCUGCCACGAGUGCGGCCUCAAAGUGGAGGAGAGGAGGACAGAAACGGUGAGCAGCUGCAACUGCAAGUUCCACUGGUGCUGCACGGUGAAGUGUGAGCAGUGCACGCAGGUUGUCACCAAGCACUUCUGCUCGAGGAGAGACCGAAACGGGGGUCCGUUCCACAAUGCAAAGCGCAAAAACCGGGGACAGAGGAGAUAACGUGAUAGCGGGUGCUGCUGCUGCCCAUCGGUCCCCUUUGCGUGGAUUGUUUCGAAUGUUCUGCAGGAUUUGUCACCUCUUUCUGUGAAAGCACUUAAAAUCUUGUAAAUAGGUAACUACACUUUCUGUAUCGGACACUGUGAGGGUGAAACACCUUUUGCUGUAUGUUUUGUCGCACUUUUUACGCAGUGUAACUUUUGAAUCACGUUGGGAUUUUAUUUGAUUGUAUUUUUUUUUUUUCACCGUCACAUUGAGUUUAUUGUUUUGCAUUUAAAGACACGAAACCUCUGUGGAGUCCACGUAUGAGGUGAUGGUUCUGACUGUAUACCAAAGUCAGCUUGAAAUCGUCCCCUUCUUUUUUUAAAGAACAAUUUGCUAUUAUUGACUGGGUGGGCUCCUCUGGUUGGAAGGUCGUAAGUGAGCUUAGAGUUUAUGCAUUCAAUUUUGAAUGACAAAAGUGUAUUUUAUUGUAUGAAUUAGCAAAACCAUUUAACAAGCAUUGGCAUUUAAUCCUAACAACGAGGCCAGGUUUUAUAAUUAUUAAAACGAAUUUUACUACCUUUUGGUUUAUUAUUGGCAUAAUGUUGAAAGUAAGUGAUGUUCCACAGGUGUCAUUUUUUAAUUGUGUAGAAAGCUUCAGACCUACAAGAUUACAUUCAGAACAGUGAUCUGACUCCAUAAUGUCAGGAUGUUUAAAAUUACUUUCUGACUAUGCGGUCUCAUUAAGGAAUUAGUUAUAAUUUAAUGAAAUAAUCAUUUCAGCUUUACAUACUGUAUGUAUGGGUCCAUAAGUGUCAGCACUUUAAACAGGAGUUACGUUUACGUUUUUAAAGGACCAAAUGGGACAGAACUCUCUUCUUACUACCUUUAAAGGGAAUGAAUUGUUGUCAUUAAUUAAA